AUGAUUAGAAAGCAUACUUAUUUGACACCUUAUGCAAUUUUACUCAUUUUUUAUUUCUUAACUACGUCCUUGGCCAUUCCUGCACCGAUAACUGAACGUUCUCAUCUAUUGAAACGUGGUGAAAAUGAAAAAAAAUGCCCAUGCACUUAUAUUCACAGCGAAUUUGACGGUGUUUAUAAAGGUGAAAUAACCCUUAUUCAAGAGGAGAACGGUGGUACUUCUAUUUUCGGCCUUUUUUCAAAAGGAUUUGAAGAUGAUGACGAAUAUACUUUCUACAUACUAGAUGACUAUGGAAAACCUUUUCAUGAUAUGACCAAAUAUUUAAAUAUUAAAUUCGUUAAUGGUGGUACAGAACCAUUUUCAGCCAAAAUUCCCGACCUAAAUAUCGAUUGUGGCGAUGAUAACAUCCUAAGCAAGCAUGUUUCACUCGAAAAACGAGCAUGUAAGGCCGGGGAUAAAGUAGCAAUAAAUAAAAAGGGUUCUAAUACAGGUCCUACUACUGGAAAACCUACUUGUUAA